AUGCCGUUACCCAAUUUAUCAAAUUUAGGUUGUGCGAUAAUCGCUGCUCGACGCAGAAAUCGUUUGAGUACUCGCUGGACAUAUCCCUCGCCGACGUGCUCGGCAGACCGCAACUUUGCUGCGAAAGAACACCCGUCAGUAAGGUGGAAUGAAGACCGGCUUAUCGAGCAGGACAACAUUUUGGAUAUACUCAAGCAGGUCUACUGCCGCACAAUCACUCACUUUGCCGAUUUCGUUACUGUUUGCCCAGAGUUGAACCUUUUGGGCGAGAGGGAUCGGCUUGCUGUGUGCAGUGCAAAUUACUGCGGAGUUGUGUUGCUUAUGAUGGUCUACAACGCAUACCUGGGCGGUUGUGAAGGGAUUCUUUUCCCUCACGGAUUCAAAUACAGCCUGUCGCAAAAGAGAGACGAUGACGAGUUCAACGAAUUCCUUCAAAGUCUUGUGGAGUAUCUUCACCGCAACGUUGGCACGGUUUUCCGCGAAAUUCAAAUCACAGCCGAGGAAUAUUCGUUUUUGAAAACUAUCGUGCUCUUCUCCGGAGUGAUCGGUUUGACGGACUCCGGUUCCAGUAUCGUACUUAAAGCACAACGACGAUAUUCCGCGCUUUUGUCCGAGUAUGUCGUGUCAUCUCGUCCUGAUCUCACCCAAUCAGAGCAGCUGACCAGACUUUCACAAUUGUUUGGCAUUAUCCCAUACAUAAUGGUUCGUUUUGCUUAG